UGGCGUGGUCAGUGCUUGCACAACAGCGACAGCUGCUAGUGGAAUGGUGAGCUGUAGCGGCCGAAAUCUGACGUGAUUUCGGCCUGGCGAGUUUUCACUGAGAAGUUUCUUCAGAAUCUGCAGAAAAGACGAAGAUGAUGGGAUAACUUGGCUGAAUAUUCCGCAUUUUUAGCUAACUACUCGUUUCGCUGCCAGCGACUGUAGUUACAAGCGAGGGCUCCCUUCAGCCAGAUAACAAAGGAUGGCGUGUGGAGUUCGAAUUUCCCUGAUGGUGCUUUUCCUCAGCUUGCCUCAGUGGUGCUGGGGUGGGCGGUGUCCUCAUAACUGCACGUGCUAUCUGGACGACAGAGGUCGUCGUCAAAUUAUGUGCGCUCGAGGAGGCAUGACCGAUCCCAUUCCCAUACAAUCAAUGGAUCAGCAAGUUGAAGUGCUGGUAAUAACGGCCCCCUAUAAUUAUUCCAACGACCUCACAAUUGGCCCAAUUUUCCAACAAUUCAAUCGCCUAGAAGAGUUACACAUAGUGCGAUCAAACAUACCUGCGAUUGGCAGACAUUCGUUCUGGGGAGUACCAACUCUUCAGAAGCUAAACUUGACUCACAAUAACAUCUCUCACGUCCUUGACUACAAUUUCCGUGGCCUGGCUAAUCUCCUAGAACUGCAUCUGGACGACAAUCGCAUCGAGUCCAUGCCAAGCGAGACUUUCCGAUAUCUGCAGGAACUCAGGGUCUUGUCACUCGCCCGCAACAGAAUCACCAAACUAGUGCCGAGACUUUUUCUUAUGCUCGGCAAGCUGUACCAGUUGGAUCUCAGUGGCAAUCGGCUUAUGGAGUUGAACCCCGAUGUUUUCAAAGAUGUGCAGAGACUGCGAGUGCUCCGAUGUCGAGGUUGUGGUCUCUCCAACAUCAACACCCUUAUCUACCGCCUGCUUACGGACUUGAUGUACCUUGACCUGGGUGACAACGACUUCAAGUACGUUGCAUCAGACGAGUUUCGGGACCUGAGAAACCUACAAGUUCUCAUGAUGGACGGAAACCAGCUACCUGUGGUUCUGGAACGGACAUUCGGAAACAACGGAGCUAGCGGAGGACAGAUCGACCUGCAGACACUGUCGCUUGCCCGAAACCGCCUUGCUAAAGUGACUGCAACGGCCUUUGAAAAUCUCACCACUCUGCAAGAACUGGACUUAAGUUACAACAAACUGAAUCGCUUGGAGACAACUACUUUCCUUCCGUUGGCUGAAUCUCUCCGUCGACUAAAACUGAGCGGCAAUUUAAUUUCUCUCUCAGAGGUCAAGUACGUUCUACAGGUCAUUCUGAAACUACGUGACCUUUCUCUGGCCGAUAUGGGAAUUACUGACGUCCCUCUGGGGCUUUUCGUGUACCAUGAACACCUCAGAACUCUCAACCUGUCCGGCAACAACUUUGUGCGCUUUCCAGCACAAAUACUGUCUCCGAUACCAAAGUUACAAGAAAUAGAUCUUUCGAGAAAUCGAUUUCGCGGAUUGGACGAGAGGCUGAUACUGAGAUUAGAGGCACUGAAGACGGUACACUUACAAGGAAAUCCAUGGGUUUGCGACGUGUGUCACUUGUCGUACAUGUUGAACUACAUGAACAAGAGCACUUUUGGCGUAGCCAUGAGAGAGCUGGCGUGUUUUUCGCCGUACUCAUUAAAGGGACGACUUCUCGGCUCCCUGUCGAGGUCGUCACUGUCCUGGUGCACCAGUAGUGAUGGCGGUCUGGGGUAUAUGGAGAGUGGUGGUGGAAUUGUGUCAACUAAUUUCCUAGCAGAACAUUCGCGGUUCGGGCUGCUCGCAGCUGGCGCAGUUGUUCUCUUGUUACUACUGACCGCUGCAGCGCUUCUAGUAGGUAUCGCAUAUUCCCGCCAUCAUGCGGCCCACUAUUACACACGAGAGGAGCAGAGAGGACCAGAGCAUGAGGCUAUCUUCGAGAAUCCAGCGGCAAUCCUUGGUGAAAAUGGAGACAUUAAGUACAAAAUAGUGCCCUUGGAUAUCACGAAACCAUCUCCGAGGAAGAAAAAAGUGUCCAUUUCUACAAUUGAUGGGAUCACUAAAGAUCCCGAAAUACAUUCAUUAACUAACGGGACCUGAGUAGUGCGCUUCAGUGACACAGUGGAAACUCAUUGCUAGUAUUACGCAGGGACCAACAUCCUCCGUGAUGCGGACCACCUGGUUGUAGCAUGAGUGGUGUCACUGAAGCAAACCACAUGCAAAUGAAAACAUUCCAGCUAAGCUGUGAGACAUUCGGUCAUUUUGUUUCCGUUCGACCUUAAUGCCGCUGUGCAAGUUCGAAAGAAAAACACCAUCAUACAUCGACGUCUAUCCGGUUUCUAAAAGGAUCGGUCAACUGUCACGGGCCUCUGUACAGACCUCCAUCACUGGAUCUAAACAGACAUCGAGGUCCACAUACCACACAGUAAUAUCGCGCCUUGGCACUUGUGUUUGAUGCUGGGGGCUGUGUAGAAUUGAUUUUCGAUAUGGCUAGCAACUCUGCUCAAGUAAAAGGUAGGGGGAAUUUUGCGAGUGCAAAGUGGCAUGUACCUUGUAGCAGUGGAAUACGUUGAAGAGGAACAGACCGGAGGGAGGAGCCUUGUUCACCCUCCCUUACUUUGAAGGGAAUUCUUGUUACAGCAGGAGCGCCUCGCCUUCCUACCCUUCGGCUUAAUUAACGACCCCUUCUUCAUUUUCACAUCAUGGUGCUACUGAUGGUAGGGGUGGACUCUGACGAAGAGUGCUGGACUUCCAAUCCCAACCCUGUUAAAAUGCUUUGGAAGCUUGAUUUUUAUUGAAGAGUUUAUACAAACAAAAAAUUCAACACAUAGACUAUGAGUGUGAUGAAUAAUUAACAUAUAAUGAAACUUACAUAUAAUGUACAUAAGCCUGUAAAACUAUAAUUUGAGUACUCCUAUAUGUUAUGAAGAUGGGUUUGUUUUAAAUUGUGGCGUAUGCUGAGAGCCGAACGCAAUGUGAAAUGUCUCCAAAGAAGAUAGUGAAAAUAGUAGUAACAGUCUCUCGUAAAGAAAUAUAAUUAUAUUAACUAAUUGGAGUACAGUUUGCGGUGAUGAUGGUGAUGAAAUGUUUUUGAGUCCCAUAACGUUCUAUUUUAAAUAAUCUUUAAAGAAUAGAUAUAGAAGUGUUUUGUUAACACCCAUUUUGACAUGAAGUGUGUUUUUAAAGUCAGAAACACAGUAUACUGGCUCUAAGAAGUAUGCCCUUGUAACAACUACAGUUAUAGUUAUUACUGUAAACUCGUACAAUAUUUUUCAAAGUGUCUAGUGCAUAUCAUUGGAUAAACAUGUUUUUAAUAUUCUAUUUUUAAGUGUGCCAUUUUCUGUCUGAUUUUGUCAUGGGACCAUGAAUAGAAUUCCGUUAUGAACGUGCGUCAGAUUACAGGGGCAGCUACAGGUGAUUUUGUAAUUAAUGUUUCAGGAACAAUCUAUGUUUUAUCGUUCUAAUCGUGCCUAAUGCCUAUAUAACUAGCUUAUAGCAUCAAAUUUGUCAUGAUUAAGAAGCAUUUCUUUGCUUGUCCAUUUAUUACCAAUGUUAAGAACAAUCCGGAAAUUAAUUUACAUUUAUUAACUUACUGUAAAAAUAUAUAUAUUUAAUUUCGUAUAAAUCAAUAAGGAAUUAUUCUGAGCUCGAAUAGAUAACAUGUAGAAAGGCUACAAUAAAUGGCCGCUUGAAAAGUUAACUUUUCAGUCUAGUAUUUCUUUGUAAUAAUUGUUUCCAGUUUUGUUCGUGCACGACGUACAGGAUAUAUAUUUAGCUUAAACUGAAAUAAUCGGGGAUGUCUGUGAUUUAAAACACAGGGAAGCAGUAGACCAUAUGGAAUCAAAUAUAUCAAUAAAUUUUAAUUAAGCAGUGUCUUCCAAGUUGCUAAAUUAUAAAACAUUAAAACUGAAUGUUGUGAGGACCAUAUUAUAUCAGUUAAAUAUAGCUUAAUUUUCUUAUAUCCUCCUCAUUUUAGUAACACAGUUUCAUUCGUGUCUGCGUAAAACAAAGCUACUUACAGCCCUAUUAUGCAAGUAUUUUAUAUUUUUAAGACUAACUUGGUACUACUUAUACAUCGUUCUAAAGACGCAUUUAAAAUGAGGAGCCUGUAUGACAUGGUAAUAAACAAGGAUUCAAGCAACUGUUGCUGCCCCUUCUAUUUUAAAUUUGUUUAUAUUAUUCUCCUUAUCAUUUAUUCAUAAAAUACAAGAAUGUAUUAAAGCAGCGUGGAGUUGGUUAUUAUGCUGUGUCUUUAUGUAGUCUGUAGUGACUUGUGAUACUUAUCAUUAUCAUUAUCCCUACGUGGUUUGUGUUAUCACGUUUUAUUACACGGGGAAUUCCUUGAGUGCA